GUCAAUGAUAUUCCUUUGUUUAAGACGACAACUGAGGAAAUUCCGAGGACUGAGAGGAAUCCAAGAUGGAAAACUCACCCGGGCUGCUGAACUCAUUAACGCCCCCAACGUUGAUGGUGCUGGCAUCUACGACAGAAAGUACCAGAGGUACCACCACACUCUGCCAGCAGCCCCGAACCUUCACGGUGCCAGUCACCAUGGAGAAAGCCCAGGUUCCUUUCCUGGGCCCCACCUACACGUUGGCACCCAUGUAUCAUCAAGCUGAACGGUCUAACGUAGAGUACCCGGUCCCGCUCCUCCACCUGCACCCGCAGUUUGGCAUGCUGGGAUAUGGCACCAUUCAGUCCUUCUCACCUUUUCAGGAGAUGGAGCGUUAUCGGCCUGCCUACCUCACCUCAAAGAGACUGAAGCAGCCUCCGAACGUGGAGCCUCCACAAAUCAGGUACCUCGCCUCAGACCGAGACUUCAAAAAAUACCAGGCUGACCUUUCCAGCGGUUCCCUGGCAACUACAAAACGUGAGCCAGCCAGAGGACCAGGGAGCACCUCCAGCUCUCACGUUCUGUGGAAGAACCCCCAGCAAGGUAGCAAUAAAAAUAAUGUGGGUUUUGGUGAUGAUGUGGGUUUUGAUGGAAAUGAAGUGGGGUUUGAUGGAGAUGGUGUGGGUUUUGAUGAUGAAGAUGAUGUGGGUUUUGAUGAUGAUGAUGUUGUGGGUUUUGAUGGAGAUGUUUUGGAUUUUGAUGAUGAUGAUGUGGGUUUUGAUGGGGAUGGUGUGGGUUUUGAUGAUGAUGGUGUGGGUUUUGAUGGAGAUGGUGUGGGUUUUGAUGGAGAUGGUGUGGGUUUUGAUGAUGAUGGUGUGGGUUUUGAUGGUGAUGAAGUGGGCUCCCUGACUGGACCAGAAUAA